AUGCUGGAGGCCACAACAAGCCAUCUGACUGCCUCUGCAAGCCAACGUUUCGUCACAGCCUGCUACUCUAGACCCCCACAGAUCUUGCCUGCAGAUUCCAGUCCUUCUUCGUCUCCAGCCUCGUUCCCGCCCGCUUAUCCGACGCUUCCGCCGCGCUUCACAACUUCACAUCCGCCUCUCUCCUCCUCCCCAUUGUCUCUCGCUCUCCGCGUGCCCUUUACCCUCCAAGAACAAGAACGAUCCUACGACCCAGCCGACAUGCCUGUACCUACGUAUACGACCACGACAAGCGAUGCGUUCGCUGUGCUGGGCGUUGCCCCCGAUGCGUCCGAAAGCGAGGUCAAGCUCGCGUACAAGAAGAUGGCGCUCAAAUGGCAUCCCGAUCGGCACCUCGACGACAAGGACGAUGCUACGCAGCGCUUCAUCGAGAUCCACGAUGCGUACAGGAUGCUCACGGAGCCCAAACACCCUCCGUCACCGCCCAAGAAAGCAUCGAACCCGAAACAUUCGAAGAAGUCCGCGGAGGAUCCGCCUCCCAGACCAAAGUCUCGCAACAAGAAGAAGGCUGACAGGAAGAAGGGCUGGAAGAAAUCGCCGGGCCCAUCGCAUGCUACGAUGCCAGAGGAGGCGCCUGCGGAGAAUUCACCGGGAGCACACUCUGCGACGAUGCCAGAGUCCAAGGAUGUCUCUCAGCAGCCCACCACGGCGACCGCGUCUGCAUCGACGGAUGCUCUGCCGAGAAAAUCUCCAGGUCCCAGGUUCGAGCCGAUGCCGGAGGAUUCGCCCGAAUCCAGCUCAAACAAUCCUCUUCUCGAUGGCGUACGUCCGAAACCAUCGCCACGACCGCGAUUCUCGACAGCGCCGGAGGAUGCUCAGACAACAAAGAAGUCGCCGGGCCCUCGACAAUCCACCCUGCCUGACCAUGGGCCAUCCGCGAAGUCUCCUGGGCCCCGACAAUCGGCGCUGCCGGACGACCGACGUACCAGGAAAUCUCCUGGUCCUCGGCACUCUACCUUGCCUGACCACGGUCCCGCCAAGAAGUCUCCUGGCCCGCGACAGUCCACUCUGCCAGACGAUCGCCGCCGCGCUAAAUCCCCUGGGCCUCGACGGUCUACUCUGCCAGAUGAUCGACGUCACACGAGAUCUCCGGGGCCCCGACAAUCAACUCUACACGACCACGGGCCUACCAAGGCGCCUCCUGGGCCAAAACUGUCUACACUACCUGACGAUCGACGCACGACGAAAUCUCCUGGGCCGAGGCAUGCGCCUAUGGCGAACGCCAAACAUAACUCCUCAUCAAAGGCGUCGCCAGGACCUCGAUAUGCCGCCAUGCCAGGUGAAACUCGCUCGAAGGCAUCCCCAGCACCGCGAUUCGCCGCUAUGGCGGAGGACCGCACCUCCAAAAAGUCUCCGGGGCCUCGAAAUGCCGCUAUGCCCAACGACGCACCCAGCAAGAAAUCGCCAGGACCGCGCUUCGCUGCGAUGCCAGACGAUCAUCGUUCCUCCAAGAAGUCACCGGGGCCUCGAUACGCGACCGUGCCCAACAUCGCAUCGAGCAGGAAGUCGCCUGGGCCUCGUUUCUCGACUAUGCCUGACGAGUACCUGCCUGCAGGCAGAAAGUCCUCUGGUCCACGCUUCGCUUCUGAGUCUGAAGAACACUUGGCCUCGGGCAGGAAGUCUCCUGGUCCUCACUUCGCUUCCACGCCCUCUCAUCGCCCAAACAAGCUUCGUAAAUCUCCAAGCCCACGCAAUGCGACGCUUCCCGAUGAGCACCUCUAUCCCCCGGGUUUAUCACAGCCAGACAAUAAUGGUUAUCACCAUGCGGCUCAGCCCUCAUCUCGCCCACCGUCUAAGCCUGCACAUUCUCACACGAAUGACUAUGCGAAGGGCUCGUCAAGGUCAGACCCUGGUCAUAACUUCAGCUUUGGAUUCAACUUCAUUCGCAGUCAUAGUAAGAAUGCGACCUCAAAUGGUCGAGAGUCGUCUUUCUCAGACUACGUCCACGUCGACCUCUCCGAUAUUCCUCUGAGUCCUACUCCGAAGCCCGUGCCGCCAUAUCACUUCUCAACCGCACUACCUCACUCUCACAGCUAUCGCCCACCCCCUUCCUCCCAUCAUCGUGAUCGCCCCCACGAUGAACACGAUCGUUAUCCCGACCAUCGACGCACGCGAAGUGCCUAUUCACCUGGCGAUAGGCACACUAAGGAAUGGGUCUUCACGCUCGACUGCACCCUUGAAGAGCUCUACUGCGGAACAAAACAGCGCUAUCGCAUUUCACAACCUUACCCUGACAAGCGUGCGACCGACACCGUCGACAUCAACAUCCCGCCCGGCACCCUGCCGGGCACGCGUGUCCCCAUCUCCCUCCCUUCGCAGCGCCUUACGUUCGUAGUCAACGAGCUUCCGCACCCGCACUUCAUCCGCGUGCGGUCACACUCGCCGGCACACUCGUACGACUUCCACGAGCCGCCGGUAACGACGCUCAGCGAAACCCCGAAUACCUCGCCUCAUCUCGCGAUGUGCGUCGAGAUGCCGUAUUCGUUCCUGGAAGACUCUUAUCCGGUCGUCCGCGGUCCGCCGGGCUCCAUCAGCUUCGCGGGGCCUAGUGGAGCCAUGCUGCGCGUUAUGCUCCCGCGGACGCUGGUAGAGGCCAGCGACGGAACAUGCGUGAAAGGGCAGGGGAUGCCUAUCUACGACAGCAAUGCACGUAGAGUGGUUGGAUACGGAGAUUUGUUUAUUAGGUGGGACCUCUUCGUUCCUGGGAGUGAAAGGCGCGAGUCAAAGUGGACAUCGAUCAAGAAGGCGAUGCAAUUCUCUUUCUGAAUGCGGCAUAUCGACGGAGGGUCGACUCCGACGCGCAAGCAUAUUUUAGGUGAUAUAUUGUUUGCAUCAUUCUUCGUGGUUUAGGGAUCCCCAGGACGCUUCAAUUGUACCUUUCUGUCUAAGGAAUUUAGUGCAUGAUAUGUAUCUAAUUUCUUGUCUUUUUCUGCUGAUUCUGACCGAAGCUGGAUUACCAAAAUGUCCAUAUAAUGUUCCUCGUCUUCGGCGUGUAUAUUCAUUCGCAUACGUACUACUCUCGACGCACCGCUUCGCUCGUUCACAUCGCCAGACUUGUAACAGCACUGUUCUCAAUAUGAUAUCGGGGUUUCACCGCUUU